AUGAGCGUAGUAUGCAGUAUAAAGUGUAGCACAAAUGAAGGCAUCCAUCAAGUAAUCAACAUAGAGAAAUACAGCAAAUACUUCAAACUGUUACGUGUAACUGCCUACUUAUUACGAUUCAUAAGCAAUUGCCGAAAGACACAGACAAAACUUACCGAUGAAUUAACGACAGCAGAAAUCGAAAGAGCAGAGAUAAGGUGGCUAAAAUGUUGCCAAGAAAGUACUUACCCAGAUGAGAUGUCCAGUUUGAAGUCCAAUACCACCAAAAGAUUAUCACUUGUCAAACAAUUGCGUUUAUUCGUAGAUAAAAGCGGUAUUAUUCGUUGUGAAGGACGUAUACAUAACGCGCCAUUAUCCGACGUCACCAAAUUCCCCUAUUUGUUACCGAAGAGACAUCCACUUACACGCCUGAUUGUACUAGACACACAUGAGAACCAGUUACAUGCAGGAACGAACACUACUGCUACCCAGUUAAGGCAGAAGUACUGGAUCCCAGCUACCAGGCAGUGCGUAAAAUCUAUCCUCUGGAAAUGUACAAUAUGCAGACGAGUACAAGGAAAGCCGUAUAGAGCGCCAGAUCCACCACCAUUACCAAAA